GUGACUUAGUUUAUAUAAAACACCAUCACCGACUUCGUAAGGCCCUAUCACCUAUAUGGAAAGGUCCAUAUAAAAUUAUAAAAGUCCAUAAUAAGCACAACGUUACUUUACAAGUAGGUCGUAAACAUGUUAAGUAUCAUAUAAACGAGAUUAAGCCUGCUAUUAACACUCCAUAAAUUUAACUUAUUUUAUAUAUUUUUCAGAGCUUUAUGCUAUGGAAGCCAAAGCCACGCUGAGUCGAGGAUCAUACCUAUAUCACAUAGUCCUGGAAUUUAUUUUGAACCUAUUACGCAUAUUAACUUUUAUAACGAUUAUUGGAAGGUUAUAACACAUAUAGACCUUAUACCUUUAGCUCCUUAUCUCAAUAAAAUUGAAAAUUUAUUAUAUGAUACCUUAAACCUUUGUUCCAAAAUAAAUACUGACGAAUUUUCCCAAUGUAAAGAUUUUUCAAAUCCUAUAGAGAUUUUAAUAAAAUAUAAUUACGUCAAAUUGCAAUCCCUAGCACAUAUAAUCGAUAACAAUCAAUCGCCAAAUAGAGUUAAAAGAUCUCUAGAAUUUGGAGGCGAAAUUCUUAAAUUUUUCUUCGGUACUCUAGACGCAGAUGAUGCGCGAAAAUAUGAUGCCGCGAUAGAAUUAUGUCGGAAAAGUGAAACAGAACUAUUUAAUUUAUUCAGAGACAAUAUUCACAUGAUUAAAUCUACCAUAAAUAAUUUUAAUGCCACUAUUUAUAAAUUAAACCAAAAUGAAUUAAGAUUAAACUCACAAAUUAAUAAAAUGAAUGAAAUUCUUUCGCAAAUCACAAAAACCGAUAAUUUACUUAUUAACAUUUCUAGAAUAAAUAAUUUAUUGAACAUAAUUGAAAGCUCCUUACUUGCUAUUUCUAACUUGCUAGACACGACUAUAAAUGCUAUCCUAUUUUCCAAAGUAAAUGUUUUGCAUCCUAGCGUGAUUAGCCCUUUAAGUCUUUAUAAUGAAUUAACCAGGCAUAUCAAUCAAAUAAAUAAACGUUUAGAUUUUCCAGUGCAAUUGAACAUACAUAAUAUUCAUUCGUUAAUUGAUGUUUCGAAACUUAGUUCAUAUUAUUAUAACAAUAAGAUUGUUUUCAGCUUGCAGAUUCCAUUAAUAACACCUGAUAAAUUCAUUGUUUAUAAAAAUAUCCCAUUACCGACUCCUCACGACGAGUCGCAUAUACAAACGUUUGCACUUAUUCAACCUUCUAAUUCUUAUAUUGCUUUAAGUGACGAUAGAAUACAUUAUACUAUGUUUAAUAACUUAGAUGAUUGUAAAUUUAUUAAUAAUAACUAUUCUAUUUGUGAACUAUUUACUAUAACGUCUAGCAUAAAUAAUCCUAAUUGUGAAUCGAAAUUAUUAACAGAAGUAACUCUUUCCUUAUCUUCUGAAUGUAACUCCAAGUUAUUAUUUGGCCAAAUCAAUAUUUGGCAUAAAUUAAAAAAUAAUAGAUGGAUAUAUGUACAAUCCAAUGUAAAUAAAUUAACUAUCAAAUGUAACGAUGAUAUUACUGAUCAUUCUAUUAUUGGCACAGGUAUUGUCAAAUUAACCGAAAAUUGUAUCGGUUAUUCCAAAACUAUUCAAUUAUUGCCAACAAGUACUUAUCAAUUUUCGAUUAAGUCAACUAUAGAUAUAAGCUUUGACAUAACAAGAGAUGAUUGUUGCAAAAAAAGAUGUAUUUAAUAAAAGUUUACCAUAUUUAACGCCAAUCUCUCUAAGCAAAGUUAACUUGGAUUCCUUAAAAUAUGCAAAUCAUCAGCUAGAUAGUUUAGAAUUUGAAUUAAAUAAUCUUCAAAAGGAAUCACAUUUUAUAAAAUACGGUUCAUACUAUUCCACAUUUACUUAUAUUUUAAUUGUAUUACUAUUUUUGUACUUAGCCUACAAAUUAUUUAAAUGUUCCAGAAAUCGACACAAUAAUAGUGGACAUUGUAUACAAAUAUUUAAUCAGUGUAAUAAUAAAAAGUCGUCGAAACAUAAUUCUAAAAUUACAAAUUCAAUUGAGAUGAUUGAUAUGUCAACAUCUGAGGAAGAUAAUAACUCACCCAAAUCUUUACCAAAUUGUACUAAUUGUGAACCUUAUAGAACUGUACACAAAGUUCACUCUUCCUCCGGAAGAAAUCUUAAUUUCUAAUUUUAUUCAAUUUUAGUUUACAAAAAUGUUUGUAUUAAAACAAUUGAUUAAUUUUAUUAUUAUACAAUUUCAAUUUCUACUUUGUCAUUUUAUAUUUUGUAAUUGCUACAUUUUACUAUUUUUUAUUCAAUCUAAUUGUGAUAAGUAUUUUUUAAUUUUAAAUGUGUAUUGUUAUUUAAUUAUAUACAAUGUUAAAAUGAAAAUUGUAAUUGAAAAUACUAUUUUGUUUAUUAAAAAUCAAUUUCUACUCGUAAUUUUACUAAUUCAUUUAAAAUACUUUUAAUUCUAGAUUUUACUAUUUUACCUUUAUUAAAUUAAUUUAUAAUUAAAUUCAUUGUUCUAUUUUAUAUUGAUUAUUUGUUAAAUCUUACUCUGUUUCUUUUACAUAACUUAGUUACAACUUACUUUAUCUUUAUGUAAAAUCAAAUAGUUAGAAGGUUUUAUAUUGUUAUAAGAUAAAUUUGCUAUGUUUUACUAUAAAUUUAAUUUUCUAUUUCUAUAUUUUGUAACGCCUUCCGACCUCUAACUAUUUCUCUAUUUCGAAACUUCGCUUUAUCUUAAUUUAGAAAAAGCUCAGUCAAAAGGGGGGAGCUGUUAUAUCCCUUUUUACAACGCAGUUAAAUCUUAGUAAGCAUUUAUUCAAUCCCACGGUACUUUUCCUAUAUAUGACGUCAAUUAGUAAUUGCAUUGUUCUUUUCCAUAUUAAUUUUAUUCCAUUUUACAGUCAGUUAGAUUCAGAGCCCCGGGUAGAUCGGACAUAGAUUCCGAUACGUAUUAGAGUUCGGAAGUCAGGGUUAAUAUUAAUUGUGUGUGUAAACUUUUUAUAAUAAACCCUUAGGUUUA